GUGAACCGUUUCUACCGUUUCGCAGCCGCUGGCGCACUCCACAGUACAGGGAAGCCACGGUCUCCGCGCCACCACAGGACGCCUGGCAGGGCUGGUUGACCUACGAUUUUCCAAGCAUGAGCUUCGACUUUGGCAGCUCCUUCUUCUCUUUGGAGGUCGGAUGCGUUCACUUGUUGGUGCUGAACCCGUACACGGACGCUUCGCCGAGCUCACCUCAGAUCACCUGGCUCCAAAGCGAGCUGAAACGCAUCAACCGCUCCGAGACGGAACACGUCGCGGUGUUGACGCAUGCCCCGUGGCACCAUUCAUCGGUUGAGCACCGGCCGGAAAGGGAGGCGGCAACACGCAAUCUCCUCUCAGCGGCUGGUCCCCUGCUGCUGCCAGACAAGACGGACCUGGUCUUCUCGGGCCACGUCCACGCCUUCGAGCGGUCCUUGCCAAUUGACGGCGUGCAGCACUUCGUCGUGGGCCACGGUGGAAACAGGGCACGCCGCGCCCGGGGAUGUGAGGGGCUUCGAGUUUUGGUGUGA